AUGGGGUCGGCAACCACUCUUUAUGGCGACCGCGAUCCUGCGAACACCAAGUCCAAGCAUAAACCGAUCUCCUCGUCGACUUCGCUCGCUUUCACCAGUAACCUCUCUUCCCUCAUUGCGUCCUCGAAAACCAAGUCCUCUGAACAACAACCGGCGUCAAAAGUCAACAAACGCGUGCCAUCCCCCGCACCCAAAGCGUCUCUCUUCACAGCCCAUCGUGAGGCAAAGGAGUCCAAAAAAAGGACCCGAGAUGAUGAGCAAGAACACAAGACCUCACGCGAUGUGGGUCGUACUGAUGAGUCCGACCUCGCGCGUAGCAAACGCAAGAUGCUUGAGAAAACUCGUCUUUACAAUGCAAUGAAGCGUGGCGAGUAUAUUGGCCGGGAUGAUUACGACGAACGCGGCCUUGUGGACUUUGACAAGAAAUGGGCGGAUACACAAGGGAAAGCGUCACAGUCCGAUGAUGUGGACAGUGAUAGCGAUGACGGUGGAUCAGAAUCUGAAAGCGGACGGGCAAAGGCUGAAGAGGACAAAGCGCAGUGGACAGAUGAGUUUGGCCGCCUCCGCACGGGCACGGCGCAGGAGAAGCGGCGUUUUGAGCGGUCGCAGCGUAUCGCCUCAGCCGCAGAAGCUGCUUUCGAGGAUGCAAAAGCACGACCGGCAGCCCCGGAGAACAUCAUCUUUGGAGAUACGGUACAGACACAUGCCUUCAAUCCCGACACCGUCAUCCAGGAGCGCAUGGCAGAGCUUGCAGCGAAGCGGGACAAAGAAGCUACGCCGCCUCCCGAUAGCCAUUACGACGGAAAAGCAGAGGUGAGGACCAAGGGCACUGGCUUCUUCGCAUUCUCGAAGGACGAGGAGGCACGGAAGAAGGAAAUGGAGGCAUUGGAGCAGGAGCGAGCAGAGACGGAAAGAAAGAGGAAGGAGAGGGAUGGCGUAAAAGAAGGCCGGAAACGAGAGAUUGAAGCAAGGAGGAAGGCCAUUCAGGAGAGAAGGAGCAGGAAGGAGGCUGAUGUCUUCUUGGAUGGGCUUGAGAUUCCUGAUGUGGGGGGGGGAUUGGGGGAUGACCGGGACCCGGUUGAUGACGGUGAGCGUUCAGCAGCAACAGGGUCAUAA